AUGUUGCAGCAAUUCGAACUUGAUAAUAAGAUUGAUGAAAUGAAGUUGGUUCUAAAGUCUCUACAGAAUCUUCAGUUUACAGUCAAAUGGUUUGAAGUUGUAGAGCAGAUUGAGUAUGCAUUCAUGGAGCUAAAAGUGCUUGCAUUCGGUGAGAAUUGCAUUAGGUUGUCGUUGCAGACUUAUAUGCCAACAUUUGUGGGCAUUUCCUACCUACCGAGAGUUGAAGCUACCGUUGAUACAGCUGAACUGAAUCAUGAGUUAUUAAUUGAAGUUUUUGAGGGAACUAUGAGGUCAAAGAAUGUUCAGGUUUUUCCAAAUGAUAUAUAUGUGAACGACAUUGUUGAUACUGCAAAGUUUGUCAGCAAGUCUUCAUUGCAGUGGUUUAUACAGAAAGUGCAAGAUAGAAUUAUACUAAGCACACUUAGGCAUCUUGUAGUAAAGGAUGCUAAUAAAUCAAGAUAUUCGCUUGAAUACUUGGACAAAGAUAAGACUAUUGUGGUUCAUAUGGCUGGAGGAAUCGAUGCGUACAUAAAAUUGUCACUUGGUUGGCCUAUAUUUGUUUCUCCAUUGAAACUGAUAUGUAUAAAGGGAUCAGAUGAUUUGAAGAGAACUUCUCUAAGUUUUCGUUGCAAAGUUGAGAAGUUGGCCAAUUCUUUAGAUACCCAUAUUCGGCAGAAUAUAUCAAGUUUCGUCGAUGCAGUUGAAGAAGUACUUAUGGAACAAUUGCAGCUUGAUCUUCGGGUCGGUGAUAAUUCAGGUUAAGGAUAUCAUCAUAUUUAUGAUGCUAAUUGUAGAUAUACCUCUAGAACCUUUAUCUGUGGUUGAAAUAUUGCUUCAUGUGCUGAAACUCGUAUUCUACUGGAUGGAACAAAUGUUAUUAAUGUCUUCUAAAGAAGAUUUUAUGCAAUUUAGACAUGAAAGUCAUGCCAAAUAGGUAUAUAUAGCUUCAUGUGGAGCAGAAGGGUCUCAACAGUGAGUCCAGGUCCCCAUAGGAGUCCCUCACCUCGCAAUAUUAUAUUUCUGGCUUUAAGCCUAGUUUGGCCUCCACCCUCUUCUGUCAAGUGACCAUUGACUUUUCAC